AUCCCGGAAGUCAGCUGUUAGCUGACUCAGUUCACCUGGAUUCACGGGAGAUCGAGAAGUGACUCCACAGUCGUCAGUUGCGGUUAGAAAACGCCUUCGUCAGCACCUGUACUUCUGUAUAUCCCUAACUCUGUUGUGCGAUGGCGUUCGCUUGGCACACAGCGCCGACUAUUUCAGGCGGCAAUGAAAACCCACCACAAGGCAAAGUCCACAAGAACAGCCACCAUUGGUCAGUGAUGCAGAAGGAGCUGUCGGACAUGCACAGUCAGGAGGCGCUGGUCGAUGUCACCCUUCUUGUUGAUGAGCACAAGUUCCCCUGCCACAGGCUCCUCCUGGCCGCCGCCAGCCCCUACUUCAAGGCCAUGUUCUGUAGCAAAGGUUUCGCGGAGACCCAACAGGACUGCAUCAGGCUACAAGGGGUCAGCAAGGACGCGGUUGACCUCGUCGUCAGGUACGUGUACACGGGACAGGUGGAGCUCAGCGAGGCAAACAUUCAGGAGCUGAUGUCGGCGGCCAACAUGUUCCAGAUGCUGGACCUGUUCCACGCGUGUGCGACGUACAUGCAGAGCAAAGUGGACAAGACAAACUGCCUCGGGGUGUACUUCUUCGCCCAGGCUAUUGAUCACAACGACCUGAUGUUUGCGGCACGUAACGUGCUGAACAUCAACUUCACCAGCGUCAGUAGGACGGAAGAGUUUUUACAGCUGUCCUGGCAGCAGGUCAAUGACAUCGUCUCCAGCGACAAGUUGAACGUCAAGAGCGAAGACCAGCUGUGUAAGGCGGUACUGCAGUGGCUUCAUCACCACCAAUGGCAGCACAGCGAUGAAGAGAACCUGGGUGAUACCGCGUGGAACGUGCUGAAGAAUGUCCGCCAUGAGCUGCUCAGCCAAGAAUACGUAUCAGACGUCUUGUGUAAGGACCCCGUUGUGUCUAAGUGUGAAGAAUUCAUGAAACUCAUAGGUGACAGUAGUGCGAAACUUCACAGCAAUGGUGUUGGGUCAAAGGAAGAACUUUCUCCCAAGCUACAAGUUGUUUCUGAAGAGUUGAGACGUGAUCGGCUGGGAAUGGACAGGAGAGAGCUGCUGGUGACGUUGGCUGAAACCAUAGACGACCUUGGGGAGGAAUACAGCAGGGGCAUGGCUUUUGAUGUUCAGAGUGAAAGUGCCUACCUCCUAGCUCCGCUGCCACAGAAGCUGAAAGAUCCCGCCGUGGUCGUGACCAAGGACAACGACAUCUACGUGGCCGGAGGGACGAUGUACAAGGAGGACCUUGACUCGGACGUGUCGGUCAGGACUCUGUAUAAGUACCAACAUUCCCUGGACAGGUGGGAGGAGAGACAGCCGAUGUUGGAGGGGAGGUCCAGCUUUGGGAUGGCGUUCCUGCAGGGGUACAUCUACGCUGUGGGUGGCAUGGUGUACGACAGCUUCGGCAGAUAUAGCGGCACCCUGAACACUGUAGAACGGUACAAUCCUGAAUCCGACACCUGGCAGUACGUAACUCCCAUGCCCGACGGUAUAUCUGAACACGGCGUGGUGACACUGGGAAGCCAACUGUUCGUUGUUGGAGGCAGGCCCCCCACCCACUCGUUCUGUUACGAACCGGGGGAAAACAUGUGGAGCGUCUACGAAAGUGUCCCAAUCCCCAUGUCCUCUCCUGGUGCAGCUGUCUUCGACUCAGAAAUAGUUGUCGCUGGAGGGUUCAAGUUCCUCGGCCCCAACCGAGGGUGUCUGCCCGCAGUACAGAUCUUCAACCCGCACGAGAACCAAUGGCAGGCCGGCCCUCCCCUUCCCCAGGGCAGGAUCUGCCCGGGAUUGGCUGUUCUGCACAGAGAGUUGUACAUUGUCGGAGGCGAGAGGUCAGGGCAUGGAGGUCGUGACGACCUGCCGUUGCUGAGGUACAGUGGGAGCUACGAGGGAGGCUGGGAGGAAAUGUCCCUGCACUGUGCAGGCACGGCCUCCUGUGCAGUUGCCAAAAUGUUUGUGAGAAACUUGCAGGAGACUGAUACUUAAGACUACCUCAAACUCACAGUUUCUACAUGUAUAUGUAAAGCACAGUGUCUUAUUAUGUAAUCAGUACAGUGUAUCCAAAAGAACUUAACCAUGGGUCUAGAUUGUAUUGUAAACAUAUCAUAGAACAUUUAAUACCUCUCAGGCAAAUGGUUGAUUGCCAAAGAAAUAUAUAAACACAUCUUCUUGAGUUCUCAGUUUUGUGCAGCCACAAUUUUCUACGAUAACGGAUAAGUCAAUGACUUAUAACGUUCUGCGCUAAAAUUUUGAAAACUUAAUAUCUAUAUGUUACACACAGUGUUAUACUUUUCUCAUUCAGUGUUUCCCUGACAUAUUUGAAGUAAAAAGUUGUAAUAUGUUUCUAAUUCGAAACACUAGAAAUUGUAAGUUGUACAUGUUAGGACAUUGGUACCUCAAUAUAUUUCACAAAUGUGAAAGGUCAUGCGAUUUGCUGAUGAAGACAUUUUACCCACCAAUCGUAGCAAGUGUUAUUGACCCAAAGUAGCUGUAGUGGUAGUGUCAGUGUCCAUUUUGACAUGGUGGGGUGUUGGUGUUUUUAUCGCUUUUGUUGUAUGUUAUCAUCAUAGCUUGUAGCUACAUUUUUGUGUAUUUUGUUACUAGAUCGAAGUACAAUGUAUUGUGAUGUCACGUGCUGGUCAGGCCAUACAGAAAGGGAUGUUAAAAUGUCUUCCCCAUGUAAGGGGGAGCUUCAGUGUUAAAGAACCCAACACACUUUAUGGAUAAGAGCAUGUGAUCCAGUGUACUUGACUGAAAGGGCGAGCUGUGGCAAAGUCACACUAUUACACUACAUGUAUUAGCCAAUUAAUACAAAAAGCAUCAUGCCAAUGGAGGAUUACCGGUAAUAAAUUGCUAGUAGUACUAGUACCCCCUACAUACAUUGUAUCCAUGUCUCUCACUAUCUAAUAGUCAGGAUGUCGAAGCCUUUGCAAUGGUUUUAUUAUAUUCACUACUUCACUAAAUAUAUUCAUUUUUCUUUGUAUGUGAUGAAGAUAAAUCAAGUCAACUCAUGGAUAUUAUUUCCACUUUUUUUUAAAUAGAAAUCUUCAUGAUUAUGAUGGUAAUGAGAUAACCACACCUUGCCUCGGUAAGACAGUUGGUGAUGAUGACGCAUUCUAUUCUAUCUGAGUGAGAAUAUCAUAAACAUCAAGCACUGGCCAAGAC